UAUACCUAAGGAACUUUUCAUUUUACCUGACAAACUAUGAAGUGUUCAUUGAAACUAUAUAAUAUAUAUAAAUGAUAUACAAGCAUGAUUAUGGUCGUGCAAUAUAUAAUGGGACAAAAUCGUAAAACAACAAAGAUAAGAAUCCAUCUAGACUCUUGAACAAAAGCAAUCGAAUGUUCAUGAUACACCCAGAGAUAUACUAUAAAUACAUAUCAACACUUACCUUAAGUGUCUGUCUCUGGUUCUAAUUAAAUCUUGAAAAUGUCGUCCCGUGGCCGAGAAGUGGAAGUGACCAUCUCAUCAGCAAAGGAUAUCAAGAACGUGAACUGGCGCAACGGCCCAAACAAGCCAUACGCCGUCGUAUGGAUCGAUCCCAAGUACAAAUUCUCCACCAGAGUCGACGAAGAGGACGACACGUGUCCCUCGUGGAACCAGACAUUUGUCAUCCCUUUGCCUCCGGGCAACGACGACGACUACGAAGAUGACAAAGUCUACAUCGACGUGGUGCACGCGGGAGGUGAAGAGAACACAAAGCCCCUCAUCGGCUCCGCUAAUCUCAGCCUCCGUGAUGUCAUCGACGACGCCGGCUUUGGCGUCCCCGUGGAGAAAACCCUCAAACUCAAACGCCCCUCCGGCCGACCCCACGGCAAACUCGACGUCACCGUCACCGUCAGAGAGCCUCGGUAUCAACCGGCUCCGGGUUCUUAUCACGCGCCGCCGCAACCUGUUUACGAUUACCCUUACGCGCCACCGCAGCCGUACGGAACCGCUUCGUACGGGCAGUCAGGUUAUACGGCGGAGAAAGAGAAAGGGAGCAAGUUUGGUGGGAUGGGGACGGGACUGGCGGUUGGGGCGGUGGCCGGAGUUCUUGGUGGGGUUGCGUUAGCUGAGGGAUUGGAUGCUGUGGAGGACGACAUCGCUGAAGAAGCAGCGGAGGAUGUGGAGGAUGAUGAUGCCGGAGAAGACGACGAAGAUUUUUAAUCCUGCUGUUUAAUCAUAUUUAAUAAUUAUGUCGACAAGUCCUCAUUGAUUGUCGACAUCUAUCAGUUUGUCAAAGCUGUUAUAUAUCCCGUCUGUAAAAUAAGGGAAAAAAGACAAUGAAAGAGCUUGUGCUUUACAAGAUGUAAUGAAAAGGAAUACCAUUUGCAUAUAUAAACUAUGUAUUAUAAGUUGACAAAAAAAAAACUAUGUAAUAUAAAUUUUAAUUGUUUGGAUA